UAGGUCGUAAAAUUUACAAUCUAUUCAUUUCAUUGCCUGAGUUUCGUAACUUUCGUUUUGAUCACGUUGUUUCGCUUCCAGUCCUGUGUGGCAGUGUUUUACAGUUGAAAACUUGACAUCGUACCAAUAUUACAUCAUCACAAUUCGCUCCUGAGUCUGCUGUUUGGUGGACGGAAUACAGUAAUUUGAAGCUACGGCGAAGUUGAUUGAGACCUUGUAGCUGAAGCCGCUGCCACGCUAGGGAAGAUCGAAAUGGCCAGUCAGGAAUAUUUGGCUACCAGAUUAGCCGCCAAUGCGGAAUCUCCUCAGAAAUCUAACUGGGCCGAACUGUCAGAUCUAUAUGAGCGCCGCUUAUGGUAUCAGGUUUCCGUAAAACUGGGAGAAGUGUUGAGGAGUUCCGAUUUCAUACAAAGCGCAGGAGGUUAUGGCGAGCUCUACCGACGAUUUGUUCAAGAUUUGGAAUCGAGAAUUGGAGCUUAUAAACUAGCAGAAACCGCAACUUUUUUGUCUCCGCGGAUUUUCCCAGAUAAUUUGGAUGAGCAGAUUGCCUUUUUGGAAGGAACGAGGAAAAAAUUGAAGAAUGAUGUUGCGGCGGAUUGUAUUGUUCUUACUGCGAUCGGUACUGCGACUUUAAAAAAGGGAAAUGUCGCAGCCGUCAAGACCUUACUGGAAGAGACCGAGAAGAAACUACGCGGAAUUGAUAACGUCAGUUUAGCACAUCCGCAGUUUUAUGAACUGAGCAGCGAAUUCUACCGGCUGCAUGGAACAUAUGCCGAAUAUUUUCGGGAAGCGCUUAAAUAUUUGGGAUGUGUGGAUCUGGAAAAGUUGUCGUCUGAAGAGAAGCGUGGUCAAGCGGAGCGUUUGGCUAUCGCUGCCAUUUUGGGGGAUGAUAUUUACAGUUUUGGAGAACUCCUUGUUCAUCCGAUUAUCCAAGCUUUGCAAAAUCCCAAAUACGAAUGGCUGUUGAAAUCUUUGGAAGCCUUCAACUAUGGCGAUCAAAAGGCAUUUGAAGCACUGAAAGCCCAGUGGCUGCGACAGAUUGUAAAGUUUCUUCGUAAAAAUCCGGAAUCGACUAAGCUUCAGCCGCAAAUGACUGAAAAGUUGCAGCUUAUGGGCAUCGUAGAGAUGGGCUUCAAACGACCCCCUCACGAGCGGGAUCUCACUUUCAAGGAGAUUGCUGCUACCAGUAAUGUUCCUGUGGACCAGGUUGAAAUGUUGUUGAUGCGUGCUUUAUCUUUGAAACUUAUCCGCGGUGAUAUCGAUGAGAAGGCGCAGACAUUUUACAUGACGUGGGUUAAGCCCCGAGUGCUUAAUAUGGAGCAGAUCACGAAAUUAACGAAGAACUUAAAAGAUUGGUGCAACGAUGUGGAUGUUAUGGAGCGAUUGAUUCAGUUGAGGGGCCAUGAAAUGCUGGCUGCAGUUUAAUAUGUCGAAUGUUUUUUCUUUAUUAUACUAUCUUUCCUGUUAUUUGUUUUAUUUUCUCAUACGUAAUCCGUUGUAGUUAUCCGAAUACCCAGAUACUAGCAAAACAAAAUUGUCUCCACUU